UGCUGAUCGAUUGGAUUACAUUUGUUCAACUUUAAUCUUUUCAUUAAUGGACUUGAUAGAAGAUAUUAAUGCUCAAACGAAACAGGUUUAAAUAUUAAAAAUAAACACGAUGGCAAAUAAAACAAAGUCGAUUAAUAAAACACAACCACGUAUUCAAGUAUUUCGACCGACGUACGAUGAAUUUAAAAAUUUCACCAGCUAUAUUGAAUAUAUGGAAAGUAAAGGAGCCCAUAAAGCUGGAUUGGCCAAAGUUAUUCCACCACCUGAAUGGGUUCCAAGAAAAAGAGGUUAUGAUUUGGAUACUUUAGAACUUAGUAUACCUGCACCAAUAUGUCAAGUUGUUACCGGAAAGCAAGGUCUUUAUCAACAAAUUAAUAUACAAAAGAAAUCAAUGACGGUCCAAGAAUAUAGCAAAUUAGCAAAUUCUGAUCGUUACAUUACACCACGACAUUUUGAUUACGAGGAUUUGGAGAGAAAAUAUUGGAAAAAUAUAACAUAUGUAGCUCCCAUAUAUGGAGCAGAUGUAUCUGGUUCUUUGACUGAUCCUGAUGUCAAAGAAUGGAAUAUCAAUCAUUUAGGAACAAUAUUAGAUUACGUAAAUAAGGAUUAUGGUAUAUCUAUAGAUGGUGUUAAUACUGCAUAUUUAUACUUUGGUAUGUGGAAGACAACAUUCGCAUGGCAUACCGAAGAUAUGGAUCUUUAUUCGAUUAAUUAUUUGCAUUUCGGUGCACCAAAAACUUGGUAUGCUAUACCACCUGAGCAUGGUCGUAGAUUGGAAAGAUUGGCUAGUGGCUUUUUCCCAUCUAGUUAUCAAAGUUGUCAAGCAUUUUUACGUCACAAAAUGUCAUUAAUAUCGCCGCAAAUUUUGAAACAAUAUUCUAUUCCUUGUAAUAAGAUAACGCAAGAAGCAGGAGAGAUAAUGAUAACGUUUCCUUAUGGAUAUCAUGCUGGUUUUAAUCACGGUUUCAAUUGUGCUGAAUCAACUAAUUUUGCUGCACCUAGGUGGGUAGAGUAUGGUAAAAGAGCGACCCAAUGUACGUGCAGCAAAGAUAUGGUCAAAAUAUCAAUGGAUACAUUUGUCAAACGUUUUCAACCAGAAAGAUAUGAAUUGUGGUUACGUGGUGAAGAUAUCGGUCCACAUCCAGAGGAUCCUAGACAAACAGCAGCACCAAUGCCAUCUCAAAUGGAUUUGUUAUGUAGUAACACUAGUAAUGGACAAUUACCACAAAGUUAUUUGAAUGCUGCUCCUAAAAACAAAAGGCAUACCAUUCAUAAGAAAAAGAAUAUCAUUGGUACCAAUACAGAUGAUAUGGUAGAUUUAGUUAAUCGUUCAGAUAUUCCAGCUGAUUUAAAGAAAGCUUUGCAAGAUUUAGAAUACGAGGAGGGUGAUGAUCAACCUGAUGAACAACAAUUGGAAGUAUUGGAAGAUAUUUGGCUUAAGGCAGGUGAAAUGGAUGUCAAUGAAGCGACCGUUUAUGACGAUGGUUAUAAUCGUAAAAAAGGUAGAAAAAGAAAGAGAAAGCAAAAUAGUACUGAGAAGAAGGAACAUCACAAAUCAAAGAAAAAUUCAGUUAAAAUGGUAAGUCCAAAACGAUCAGAUGAUCAAAUUGUAUCCAUUAAAUUGGAACAAGAAGAAAUGUCUGCAAUUGAUCAAGAAACAAUCGAUCAACAAAAUUUAUUAAAUCAAACUGAUCCUUUACUUCUGACCAAUGAAAAUGUUUCAUCUGAAAGUAAUAGUAAUACGUUGAUAUCUCAAUUGUCAAUGGAAGAAUCUGCUAGUUUUGUAGAUACUACUGAUAAGUCGUCUACUAAGAAAAAGAAAAAACAUUCCAAGACUCCGGAGUAUAAGAUGAAACAAAAAUCACUUUCUAAAGGAAAGGGUAAACAUACGAAUAUACCUCCAUUGUUUAUUCAAAACGAACCAUUAGAUGUUUCUGAUGCAGAUGUUCAACGUAAACUAAUAGCAAUGCCAAGUCUUAGCCCAUAUAAAACAUAUACAAUGAAAGAUAUAUCUAAUAAUCAAAGAAAGAUCAAUCUUUUACCAGGUAAUAUUAUAUCCGUUGGAAAUGAAUUUAGUAUGACUACCAUGAAAGAUAAAACUGUAGUAAAUAUUACUAAUAGUGGACAAAUAAUGCAUCCAUCUUAUGACGAUGACAAACAACAAGUAGAAGGAACUAUAACCGUAGACGUGCAUGAUAAACAACAAAAUCCUUUCUUGAAGACUUCCAAAAAGCCAAAUAAAAAGCAUGUUUACAAAUCUACAUUCCCUAAUGUAAAUUUAUUGAAAAAUAAUGCUCUAUCUAGUAAGCAAAUGGAAGAUAACAAGAAGACAUUAAACGAAGAUUCGAAAAUAUAUACUCAAGAUAUCAAGCCAGUUGGUGGUAGUACAUCUUAUAAAAGCAUUGGAAUGGUACAAACUGAAAGAUGUAUUACAAGUUAUGCGAGAAAAGAUAUCAUAAAGGCACCUAAACUCAUGCAUUUAGAUUUAUCUAAUACCAAAGUGAUAUCAAAAGUAGAACUUGAUGAUGCAGAUAAAGGGCUUCGUUUGGCUCCUAAUUUGAUGAUGUUACCUAAAGAAGAAACGCAAGAUACCAAACGCAUUAUGUUUUUGCCUAAUACAUCCACAAACAAUGAUCCGCCAAUAUUAGAAAAUGAAGUUACUGGCAGAGAAUCUACUACAUUAGAAAAGAAAAAUGAUAUUGAUGUUUUAACACCUUCGACGACGUUUGCCAUUCAAAAGAAAAAUAAUGCCGUAAUGUGUAAUUAUUUUCCAAAGACUGCUGCAAUUUUACCUAAACCGCUUAAUCAGAAUAAUGUCAGCUUAAAGAAGGGUAUCGAAUUGAAAUCAAUUAAUAAUAAAGAAAUGACGAAAAAUAAUUUAUGGCAAAUUCCUUGCAAUAAUAGUGUUUUCUUAUCAAGUCAGAAUUACAAUAAUAAAUCACUUCAAUUAUCUCUAGCUAAUGCUAAAAGAAGUGGUUUAUUAAAUGCUUGCACUAAUAUUCAAAUAGGUCCUACAACUACUGCAACUCUAACUACGUUAAAAAAAUUCGACUCGAAUAAGGUCUUAUUAACUGCUGGAUCUCCUAAUAUUGCACAAUGUUCAAAACUUACUUUGACUUCUCCAAUUCAAUUAAACACGAUGGAAACAAAUAACACUACUUUACAAGAUAAUAAUGAUAAUAUAUCCAAUAGUAUGGCAUCCUUGACGAGAAUAUUGCCAGCACCAGAAAAAAUAGUUCCGAAAAAUUCUUUAAUUAUUCGAAAACUUGAAAACGAUCAAGGAAUAUGUAGAAGUCAAAUGAAACAACAACAACAACAACAGCAACAACAACAACAUACAAGUACAAAAUCAUUACUUAGUUGUACAGUAAAGAAUAUCGAUGAUAUGGCUAAUUUAGAAGUAAGACAAGGUAAUGUUGUUGCUACUGCUGCUGCUGCUGCUGCAGGUACAUUGAUGAAUAAGAUGAAUAAAAUUGAAUCUAAUAAUAUGUCAUAUAAUACUAAUUAUCAUUUGAACAAUAUACAAAAUUAUCAUCAAAGAGAUCUUACCAUAAAUAUGAUAAAGCAAGAAGAUAACAAAUACGUCAAUGUAUCAAAAACUCAAUGGCCAAAUUUAGAGCAAAAUUCUAACAAUAGACAUUUGACAAUGCCAGAAUUGAAGCCAAUUAAACCACCAGUAGUUAGAAGGAAACCAAAAGAGAAGCUUAAAAAAGCAACUACAAGGAAAAAACAAAAUGCACAAUCGACUGUCAUAUCUUUGAACUCUGAAGAAAAAGGUUCUUCAAGUUCGUAUCCUGCUUUAAUGAUACCAGGUCAUAUUUCUGAUAUGUUAAAUCCAAAUAUUCCAAGUAGCGACAUGAUGAAAGCUUACAAUGAUUAUUGGAGCGCGCAAGUUUCCCAUUGUGCAAUUUGUGCAACUUUUGCUUCCACUCGUUAUGGAAAUAGUCAAGUAAUGCCACCCGAUUGGAAGUAUUGUAAACCUACUAUUUUACCUGAAAGUUCUCCAAUAUGGGUAUCGUCAACUAUAUUUGCUGUAAAUUCAAAGGAACAAGCUGUAGAAUCAGAGAAUUCUAAAAUAUUGAGAUGUCGUGAAUGUCACGUAACAGUUCAUGCUUCCUGUUAUGGAAUUACCAUGUUACCAACUGACCCAUCCAAUUGGGCAUGCGAUAAAUGUAAAGCUGGUAAAUCUGACGUGAUGUGUUGUUUAUGUCCGAUGCGAGGGGGUGCUGUUAAACGCACGAGUGAUGGCGGUUGGGCACACAUUUUGUGCGCUUUAUUAUUACCAGGAGUAACUUUUAAGGAUGCUAUUAAUAAAGAUCCCAUUAAUGUAUUAACAAUUAGAAAGAAUGUAUUAAAACAAAAAUGUUGUUAUUGUCGAUACAACGAUGGAGCUUGCCUUAGUUGCAACGAAUGCGAUAAUCAAUUUCAUGCAUCAUGUGGACUUGUCGCAGGUGCUACUUUUGCAAUACCGUUAUACAAUAGUCAAGAAUUACAGGUGACGUGUCAUGGUCACGAUGACGGUAAAGAAAAAAUACCUGUUAUACGUCAAGGUGAAACAGUAUGGGCAAAACAUAGGAAUUCAAGAUAUUACAAAGCUAAAGUUGAAUCUAUAAAAGAUACUCUUUUCUAUAUGGUCACCUUCAGCGACAAUAGUUUUAGCGAUGAUCUAUAUCCAUCUGAUAUAAUUAAUUACGAUCCUGGUAAACCACCACAGAUUGAUGCAGCUGUUACAGUUAAUUGGACAGACGGUGAAGUCUACGAUGGUACUUUUGAGGGCACUAAUCAUCAAAUUAUGUACACCGUAAUUUUCGAAGAUGGUUCUCAACUUGCCUUAAAACGUAACGAUAUUUAUAGUUUACAAGAAGAUAUGCCAAAAAGGGUGCGCUCGCGUUUGUCCAUUGCCACAGAAAUGAAGCACAGG